ACAGUCAACUUUGCGCCUUCAUGACGUACAGUCCCCAAACACUAAAUAAAUAAAGGCCUUUUAAGGCUUACCACCCACACCAACCACCACCCAGCCCAGCCACUCACCCAACCCAGGACCCAGCAACCAGUACCCAGCCCAGACCUACGACAUGGCCAGUGCUCCUCUGAUGCUUGAGAAUCUGCUAUACAAAAAACGCAAUUUGGUUUAUGCUUUUGCCCGCCAUCGUCUGUUUCUGUUAUGCAAACAAUCGUUAUUAAGAGUGCAGUCUGCCGAGGGCAUUAAACGCAUUGAGAUCUCACCCAAGUCAAAUUUGAAGCAACUCUAUGACAGUGUCCAGAAUGCCCUGCAAGUCGAUGGAUUCGGCCUGUUCAAGGAGCGAAAUUUUCUCACAGAACUGCAGGCCAGUGGCUCCCAGCUGGUGGGAACCGCACUGAAGCAUGGCGACAUGAUAUACUUAAAACAAAUGGCUGGCACUUCAUCGCGGCGAACCAGCACCAUUGCCAUUGAUAGUCAGGUGUUCCAGGCGACUGCAGCUAGCGAAAAGCUGAUCAACAGCAAUACGAACAGCGCUCGGCCCUCCAUUAAUGUGAUCGAGGAUGAGGUGGAUCAGACCCUGACCAAAGCCGAUGGCACGAUUAAGCGCGAACGCGAUAGCAAGCUGUGCCAUCACAAUGCCAAUGGCCGCUGUGUUCAUUGCUCGCCGUUGGAACCCUAUAAUGAGGCAUAUUUGAAGGAGAAUAACAUCAAGCACCUGUCAUUUCAUUCGUAUAUACGCAAGCAGACAUCGGGCAUGGAUCAUGGCAAAUACUUUGUAUUCGAUGAUAUCAAUUGCCGCAUCAAGACCGGCUGUAGGGAACAUCCGCCAUGGCCCAAGGGCAUCUGCUCCAAGUGUCAGCCAUCGGCCAUAACCCUGAAUCGUCAGACCUAUCGCCAUGUGGACAAUGUCAUGUUCGAGAAUACCAAAAUUGUAGAGCGUUUCCUUAAUUAUUGGCGCACCACUGGCCACCAGCGUAUGGGCUAUUUGUAUGGCACAUACGAGCAGCAUACGGAUGUACCGCUCGGCAUACGCGCCACAGUGGCAGCGAUCUAUGAGCCACCGCAGGAAUCGACACGGAAUUCGAUCAAUAUGUUCCCAGAUGAGGGUGCCGACGAAGUCGAUGCUGUGGCCAAUGCGUUAGGACUGAAGAAGAUUGGUUGGAUAUUCACUGAUCUCAUCACGGAUGAUGCAACUGCGGGUACUGUCAAACAGAUUCGUGGCAUCGAGACACACUUCCUCACCGCCCAGGAGUGCAUAACAGCCGGAGAGCUGCAGAAUCGUCAUCCCAAUCCAUGUAAAUAUGCUUCAAAUGGUGUCUUUGGCUCAAAGUUUGUGACCAUUUGUGUGACGGGAGAUCAAACCAAACAAGUGCAUAUGGAGGGAUAUGCGGUGUCUGCCCAGUGCAUGGCUCUGGUCCGUGAUGAUUGUCUGAUACCCACCAAGGAGGCUCCCGAAUUGGGAUAUGUGCGUGAGUCCACAGAUAAGCAGUAUGUUCCAGAUGUCUUCUAUAAGGAAAAAGAUCAAUAUGGCAACGAGGUUCAGCGUCUGGCACGUCCUCUGCCCGUGGAAUAUCUGCUGGUGGAUGUACCCGCCUCGACGCCGGUGAAACCGCAGUACACAUUCACAAACUACGACAAGCGGCAGGCAUUCCCCAUCGAGAAUCGCUACAUUGACGGACAUUUGCAGGACUUUAGUGCCCUGAGCGGCUAUCUGUCCGCCUGGGGCGAGGAGGAGUUCCUCGAGGCCAUGUCCGACUUUCAUUUACUCGUCUAUCUGUACAAAAUGGACAUGCUCCCGCUGCGCCAGCACAUGUCAGCGCUGCUGGAGGCGGUGCGCACCAAGAACCCCAAUCGGGCGGCCGACUUCAAGGGCGAGGAAGUGUGGAAGCAGCUCGAGUCGCUCAUUCAGGCCAGUUCCGGCGGAAGUGGUGGCACCACCAGCUAUCCCAGCGGUGGCGGAGCGGCCAGUGCCGGCGGUGCGGCUAACGCAGAUGCUAUGGAUCUUGAUGAGAACACCUGGACGUGCAACCACUGCACAUUCAUCAAUCGCGGCGACCUGCAAUCCUGCGAAAUCUGCUCGCUACCAAGAUAAGGAUCCAACCCCUCCCCCGACCUUUCCAACCGCAUCCUGGAUGAAUUCUUCUAAAUUAUUGAGUAAAACGAACUAAAGAUUCAAUCACACACAAGAUACACAACAGCUCGUCGAUAUGUCGCGCAUUCUCUAUAUAUAUGUAAACGUCGUGUAAUUUUAAAAAAUAAAUAAAAAAAUUACGAUGGAUGGAAAUAUUAAAUUUAUUUUUGAAUAAAUUUCAAUUAUUGCGCAGACGCCAAGUGUUUACUUUAUUUUCCGUGAAAAGUAAAACACAACUUUUGUUAUUUUUUGUAAUUCAUUUAAUGAUUUUAUUCGGUGCUCCAGUGCUUCGAAAGCGGGUCAUCUUCAGUUUCCAAAGCAGAGAUCAGCAGAGAUAUGAAAAUUAUAUAUUACAUUUUAUUAGAUAGUUAAACAUUUUUUAGAUCUGAAACUAAACAAAAUCCUACGUCCAGUCCGGUCUUUAAAUAAUGAUUUUGUUAAACCUUAGAAGCGGGUCCUACCAUUCCAAAUUUGCCAAAAAAUUUUGUAUAUAUUUCUAACAAGAAUCUAAUUUUCUUGUUUCGACCGAUUUUGCUUAGGUUUAAAAUCGGUUUAAUGAUCAAUUCUCCUGAGUUUUACUUUUAUUUUUAAUCGGUUUAGUCUCCGUAGUUGUUGAUUUUCGUACUACCUUUCGUACUAUUGCUUUGUAGGUUGAAGUAAUGUUUUCAAUAGACAAUAGAAGCUUUAGUAGAUCCUUCAAAACCAUUAUGCCGAUGAGCCGAAAACUGUAUAGAUUAAUUUUUUCAGUUCCGUUCUUCUAAUUUUUUACUGUCUGUAUGUUAUUCCAGUUGAUCCCUUACACUACUCCAUCAUUACUGUUUAUCUAUAAGCUCUACAGUGUUAAGGUACUAAUCCACGUAAUUCAAUGAUUGUCCAAUUCGCAACCAGAUUUUAAAUAAAGCAAAUAAAAACAA